UGCGAGAUCCGAGCCUUCUCCAUGCAUUGGGAUUUUUCUCAGCGCCGACACCGAGUGAAUCUCCCUAUUCUGACCAUCUGAGAACUAUCGUGCCUGUCAGAUCAGAGAAAAAAAAGCCCUGCCAUGACCACCGCUUCAAACCGGGACGGAGCAACGGGACUUGCGAGGAGACCGGAAUGCGCAUGCAGGAAAGGGGACGGAAUACGGAUUUUUGCUCUAAUGAAGGCGGGAGUGCAGGCGCAUCGUUGGAGCCGGGUGCUGUUCUUAUAUAUGGGGCUACUGGCUGCCUCAGUAAAGGCUCAGAACUGCAGUUACACACUACACAGUCCCAAUGGGACGAUAGAGAGCCCCGGCUACCCUUAUGGUUAUCCUAACUAUGCCAACUGUACAUGGGUGAUUGUGGCGGCGGAGCACAACCGGAUACAGCUGGUGUUUCAAGGCUUCGCCCUAGAGGAGGACUUUGACAUCUUGUCUGUAUAUGACGGGCCACCCAGCCCUGGGAACCUGCGGACACGGUUAACGGGGUUCCAGCUGCCUUCACCCAUUGUGAGUACAGGCUCCAGGCUCACUUUGUGGCUGCUGUCAGACUACGCGGUCAGCGGGCAGGGAUUUAAAGCUGUCUAUGAAGCUUUGCCCAGCUACACUUGUGGUAAUCCCGGACAGCUACUCAAUGGCCACCAGCAGGGGUCCACUUUCAACAUCGGAGAUAAAAUCCGCUACAGCUGCAGCCCGGGCUACGUGCUGGAGGGUCACACUACCUUGUCCUGCCUCGCCACUUCAGCGGGUACAGCUGCAUGGGAUUUCCCCCUGCCAUACUGCAGAGCGGACGACGGGUGUGGCGGGACAUUACGAGGCCAGAGCGGGGUAAUCACCACUCCCAAUUACCCUGCCGAGUACAACAACAACGCCGACUGCACCUGGACCGUGCUGGCCGAGCCAGGUGACACCAUCGCCCUGGUUUUCUCUGACUUUCAGCUGGAGGACGACUAUGACCUGCUGGAGGUCAGCGGUACUGAGGGCUCUUCACAGUGGUUCACGGGCCCCAACCUUCCCUCACCCAUCAUUAGCAGCAAGAACUGGCUUCGGCUGCAUUUUACCUCUGAUGGCAACCACAAGUUGAGAGGUUUCAGUGCUCAGUACCAAGUGAAGAAGAUGACUGAACUUAAGUCUCGAGGUGUAAAGAUGUUACCAAGCAAAGACAAUCACCACAAGAUAUCAGUGUUGUCUCAGAUGGGUGUAGCGCAGGGACACAACAUGUGUCCAGACCCAGGCAUCCCAGAUCGAGGAAAAAGAAAAGGCUCAGACUUCAGGCGAGGAGCCACAGUCCAUUUCUCCUGUGACGAGGGUUAUGAACUGCAGGGCUCAAAGAGCAUCAGUUGUCUCAGAGUGACAGACAGCUAUGUAGGCUGGAGUGAUGAUCGGCCCAUCUGCAGAGCACCAAUGUGUGGAGGUCAGUUGAGAGGACCCAGUGGUGCGAUCACAUCUCCAAACUACCCGGUCCAGUACGACAACAACGCUAACUGUACUUGGGUCAUCACAGCCACAGACACAUCUAAGGUGAUCAAGCUGACAUUUGAGGAUUUUGAUCUGGAGCGAGGCUAUGACACCCUGACCGUGGGAGACGGCGAGGUGGUGGGAGACCAGAAGACCAUCUUCCACGUCCUGUCUGGUACCACCACUCCAGAUCUCGUGGUUAGCACCAGUCACCAGAUGUGGUUGAAUUUCAAAACAGACGACACCAGUGGUUCCCUGGGCUUCAAGGUGUCCUAUGAAGAAAUUGACCAAGGCAGUUGCGGAGACCCUGGUAUCCCAGCCUACGGCAAACGAGAGGGAACAGGUUUUCGUCACGGGGACAGACUGUACUUUGAGUGCCUGCCUGCCUUCGAGCUUGUGGGGAAGAAGAACAUCACUUGUCAGAAGAACAACCAGUGGUCAGCCAAGAAACCCAGCUGUGUUUUUUCCUGUUUCUUCAACUUCACCACUCCAUCCGGGGUGCUGCUGUCUCCCAACUACCCUCAGGAGUACGGAAACAAUAUGCACUGUGUGUGGCUGAUCAUCACCAACCCCGAGAGCCGAAUCAAUCUGGCUUUCAACGACCUGAGCAUGGAGAAACAGUUUGACUUCCUCUCGAUCAAGGAUGGGGGAAAGGCUGAGUCUCCUAUUCUGGGUACCUUCUCCGGUGACAUCCUGCCUCCUCCCAUAACUACCAGUGCCCAUGUGGCACGACUGGAGUUCCUGACUGACCACACCUACACAAACAGAGGCUUUAACAUCACAUUUACAACAUUUCGCCACAACGAGUGCCCAGACCCUGGAGUGCCAGUUAAUGGGAAGCGCUUUGGCGAGAGCCUUCAGCUGGGCAGUUCCAUCUCAUUCCUGUGUGAGGAGGGCUUUGUUAAGACCCAUGGCUCGCAAACUAUAUCCUGUAUUCUUAAGGACGGCAACGUGGUGUGGGACAAUGCUGUUCCCCGCUGUGAAGCCCCAUGUGGAGGCGAUCUGAAGGCUCCCAGUGGGAUCAUCCUCUCCCCCGGCUGGCCAGAACUCUAUAAAGAGGCCCUUAACUGUGAAUGGAUCAUUGAGGCUCCUCCAGGCUACCCCAUCAAGAUCAUCUUCGACAAGUUCCGCACUGAGGUCAACUAUGACAUUCUCGAGGUCCGUGAUGGACGUUUCCCCUCAUCACCUCUGAUUGGAAGUUACCAGGGUACCCAGGUUCCCCAGUUCCUCAUCAGCACCUCCAACUUCCUGUAUCUCCUUUUCUCCACUGACAAGAGCCACUCUGAUAUCGGCUUCCGCAUACGUUACGAAACCCUGCAGUUACAGUCAGAUCACUGCGUGGACCCCGGCAUACCCGUCAACGGGCAGCGACACGGCAACGACUUCUAUGUGGGCGCUUUAGUGACAUUUAGCUGUGACGCAGGAUACACACUUAGUGACACAGAGCCUUUAGAAUGUGAACCCAAUUUUCAGUGGAGCCGCCCUCUGCCUAGCUGUGAUGCGUUGUGCGGAGGUUAUAUCCAGGGCAACGUGGGCACCAUCCUGUCACCGGGCUUCCCAGACUUUUACCCGCACAACCUGAACUGCACGUGGAUAAUCGAGACCUCCCAUGGCAAAGGUGUCCAGUUCACCUUCCACACCUUCCACCUUGAGAGUCCUCAUGACCAUUUGCUGGUGACAGAGAAUGGCAGCUUCUCUCAGCCCCUGUGGAGACUGACAGGCUCCACGUUGCCAACGCCUCUCAGUGCAGGCCUGUUUGGAAACUACACGGCUCAGAUCCGCUUUCUGUCUGACUUCUCGGUUUCCUACGAGGGAUUCAACAUCACGUUCUCUGAGUAUGAUUUGGAGCCAUGUGAAGAUCCCGGAAUCCCACCAUACAGUACCAGAAAGGGCCUGCAGUACGGGGUGGGCGACGCCCUCAUCUUCUCUUGUUUCCCAGGUUACCGACUCGAGGGUCCGGCGAGGGUGGUGUGCUUAGGGGGCAGGAGGCGGGUGUGGAGCUCCCCUCUGCCAAGGUGUGUUGCUGAAUGCGGCUCAUCCGUGACUGGCAUGCAAGGGGUGCUUCUCUCACCCAACUACCCCGGUUACUACGGCAACAACCACGAGUGCAUCUACUCCAUCCAGACGCAGCCUGGCAAAGGCAUCCAGCUACGAGCACGAGACUUCAGACUGGAGGAAGAUGACGUACUCAAAGUCUUUGAUGGCAGCAGUAAUAAGGCUCGUCUGUUGGGGGUAUUCACUGGCAACGAACUGCUAGACACAACCCUGAACUCCACCUCCAGCUCCAUGUGGCUGGAGUUCGUUAGCAAUGCGGAUAAUACCAGCAAAGGCUUUGAACUGCACUUCACUAGUUUCGAGCUGGUGAAAUGCGAAGAUCCAGGUGUUCCCCAGUUCGGCUACAAGCGGGAGGACAAGGGUCAUUUUGCAGGGAGCACCGUGUCAUAUAGCUGCGAUCCAGGCUACACCCUUAAAGGCCCUGAGGUGCUGACUUGCCUGAGGGGAGAAAGGAGGGCAUGGGACAGCCCCCUCCCACUCUGUGUCGCGGAGUGUGGCGGUUCCAUUAAGGAUGAGCCCACCGGUCGUAUCCUGUCUCCGGGCUACCCAGCUCCAUAUGAACACAACCUGCACUGUAUGUGGACCAUUGAGGCCGCCCCUGGAAGCACUAUUAGUCUGCAUUUCCUUGUUUUCCACACGGAGGAGGUCCACGACGUGCUUCGGAUCUGGGAUGGGCCCCAGGAUGGAGGGGUCCUUCUGAGGGAGUUGAGUGGCUCAGUGCUGCCGCCAGAUGCCCACAGCACCUUCAACACUGUCAGCUUGCAGUUCACCACGGACUUCUUCACUAGCAAGCAGGGCUUCGCUCUGCAGUUCUCUGUCUCUACUGCAACCUCCUGCAAUGACCCAGGCAUGCCCACUAAUGGAACCCGUGGCGGUGAUAGCAGGGAACCAGGAGAUCAUGUGGUGUUCCAGUGUGAUCCUGGUUACAUCCUGCAGGGGGCCAACAGGAUCACCUGCACUGAGAUCAAUGGUCGCUUUUUCUGGCAGCCAGACCCUCCUACGUGCACAGCUCCAUGCGGAGGGAAUCUGACUGGUCCGAGUGGGCUGAUUCUGUCUCCAGAUUAUCCUGAACCUUACCCUCACGGGAGGGAGUGUGACUGGACCGUUACUGUCACACAGGACUAUGUCAUCGCUCUUAGCUUCAAUCAAUUCAGCUUGGAGCCCAGUUACGACUUCUUACACAUCUACGACGGGCCAGACUCCCUCAGCCCCUUGCUGGGUAGUUUCUAUGGCACAGACGUCCCGGAUCGCAUUGAGAGCAGCUCCAACACACUCUUCCUGGCUUUCCGCAGUGAUGCUUCCCUCAGCAGCAAUGGAUUUGUGCUGCAGUACACAGAGAACCCCAGGGAGUCUUGUUUCGAGCCGGGUCUGGUGCGCAAUGGGACACGGGUGGGCGCCGACCUCAAGCUGGGCUCCACGGUCACCUACCACUGCGACAGCGGCUAUACACUAGAGGGAGACCCAACCCUCACUUGCAUCAUGGGGGGAGAUGGCAAGCCGAGCUGGAACAAACCCAAACCCAUCUGCAUUGCUCCAUGUGGUGGACAGUACUCAGGUUUGGAGGGAGUGGUCUUGUCUCCUGGUUACCCUGGCAACUACAGCAGUGCAAGAACCUGUUUGUACUCUGUCGUCGUACCCAAGGAUUAUGUGGUCUUCAGCCAAUUCGCCUUCUUCCAGACAGCUCUGAAUGAUAUCGUGGAAGUUUACGACGGGGCAACGCAGCACUCCCGUGUUCUUAGCUCCCUGUCUGGAGCGCACACAGGCGAGUCGUUGCCAUUAGCAACCUCCAACCAAAUCCUGAUCCGCUUCACCUCCAAAGGCCAGUCCAGCUCUAGAGGAUUCCACCUGGUCUACCAGGCUGUGCCACGAACCAGCGCCACCCAGUGCAGCUCAGUCCCCGAGCCCCGGAACGGCCGCCGUAUGGGCAACAACUUUGCUGUUGGCGCAGUGAUUCGCUUUGAGUGCAGCCCAGGUUAUAUGCUGGAGGGAUCGAGUGCCAUUGAAUGUUUGACAGUUCCCAAUGCCCUGGCACAGUGGAACAGCUCCAUACCCAGCUGUAUAGUUCCAUGCGGAGGUAAUCUGACCCAUCGAACUGGCACCAUCUUAUCUCCUGGGUUUCCUGAGCCUUACCUCAACAGCCUCAACUGUGUCUGGAAGAUCACUGUUCCUGAAGGAUCAGGAAUCCAGAUUCAGGUAAUCAGCUUUGUCACAGAGCAGAAUUGGGACUCUCUGGAGGUGUUCGACGGAGGAGACAACACUGACACCAUGCUUGGCAGCUUCUCAGGCACCACGGUUCCAGCUCUCCUCAACAGCACCUCCAACCAACUCUACCUGCACUUUUUCUCUGAUAUUAGUGUGUCCGCUGCUGGAUUCAGGCUAGAAUACAAAACGGUGUCUCUGACCAACUGUCCAGAGCCUGUCGUUCCUAUGAAUGGCAUCAAGGUUGGGGAGCGUCUUCAGAUGAAUAAUGUGGUGUCUUUCCAAUGUGAACCUGGAUAUACUCUGCAGGGGAACUCACAUAUCACAUGUAUGCCCGGAACCGUCAGACGAUGGAAUUACCCACCUCCUCUCUGCAUAGCUCAAUGCGGUGGAAUCCGGGAGGAGAUGGAGGGCAUGAUUCUCAGUCCUGGUUUCCCCGGCAACUACCCUAGCAACAGUGACUGCACCUGGAGAAUCUACCUGCCAGUCGGUUACGGAGCCCACAUUCAGUUCCUCAACUUCUCCACCGAGGCCAACCAUGAUUUCCUAGAAAUACGCAAUGGACCCCUAGAUACGAGUGCCGUCAUUGGCCGAUUCAGUGGCCAGGAUGUUCCCUCCUCCCUUCUCACCACCUCCCAUGAGACUACAGUAUAUUUCCAUAGUGAUCAUUCGCAGAACAAACCGGGGUUCAGGUUUGAGUACCAGGCUUAUGAAUUACAGGAGUGCCCAGAUCCAGAACCUUUCCGUUACGGAGUUGUGGUGGGUGCUGGCUUCAACGUGGGCCAGUCUAUAUCCUUCGAAUGUCUGCCUGGGUAUCAGCUAAUGGGACAUUCCAUCCUCACCUGCGAGCAUGGCACGACACGCAACUGGGAUCACCCUUUCCCUCGCUGCGAAGUGCCUUGUGGUGGAAACAUCACAUCAGACAAUGGGACCAUCUUCUCCCCGGGUUAUCCAGAAGAGUAUCCCAGCUCAGCUGACUGCUCCUGGCUGAUCACUGUGGCUCCCGGCUUCGGCAUCAAACUAAACUUCACCCUCCUUCAGGUUCAUGGGCCGCACGACUUCAUCACUGUCUGGGAUGGUCCACAGGAAACAGCGAGGAAACUGGGUGUGUUCACUGAUGGAGAGCCCAACGACCCGCCCAGUAGCACAUCCAAUCAGGUGCUGAUACGUUUCCGUAGUAACACAGAGAAGGGUGGAUUGUUCCGUAUCGGCUAUCAAGCUUACAGGCUGCAGUUCUGCCUGCCACCUCCCAUCAUCCCUAAUGCAGAGAUCCUGAUGGCAAGCAAAGAGUUUAAAAUCGGUGAUAUAGUGCGUUACAGAUGUUUUCCAGGCUACCAGUUAAGUGGAAACAGCAUCCAGACCUGUCAGCUGGGGACACACCUGGAGUUCGAGGGACCUCCGCCCUCAUGUGACGUGACUUGUCCCAUGAACGAGGUACUGACAGCUUCCACAGGUGUCAUCAUGAGCCAGUCACCGGGAACCGGAUUCCCUCAUUUCGAGUCCUGCUCCUGGGUGGUCAAAGUAGAACCCGGCUACAAUAUCACCUUUACUAUAGAACACUUCCAGACCAGCCGUCAGUUUGAUGAGCUUGAGAUCUUUGAUGGCCCAUCCAGACAGAGCCCUCUGCUGAUCACCCUCAGUGGUAAUUAUUCCAGCCCACUGAGCAUCACCAGCUCCAGCAACAAAGUCUACCUGCACUGGUCCUUCGAUCACACCACCAGCCACAAAGGCUUCCGCAUACGCUACUCAGCGGCCUAUUGCAGCCCACCAAACAACCCUGUAAAUGGCACAGUGCACAGUCUGACAGGCACUAAGCUGGGCAGCACCCUGCGUUUCAGCUGUGACCAGGGCUUCCGGCUUAUUGGCCAGAGCAGUGCCACAUGCACCCGGACUGCACAGGGGAUCCACCAAUGGAAUGCACCGGUACCACUUUGCCAAGUGAUGUCCUGUGGAAUGCCAGUACCUCCUGUAAAUGGCAGUAUUGUGGGCCAGGACUUCUCUUUAGGAGCCAGGGCUACGUACCAGUGUAACCCCGGUUUUCGACUUGCCGGGCCUGUCACCACUUCAGUGAUCUGUCAGGAAUCUGGGAGGUGGAGCCCCAUUGAGGCCCCUCCAAGAUGCAUUCCGGUGACCUGCCCUGACAUUGGACACUCUGCUGUGGAACAUGGGAGAUGGAGGCUAAUCUAUGGAACUCAAAACCAAUAUGAUGCUAUUAUGAUGCUCACAUGUGACCCGGGAUAUUACUACAGGGGUCAAAGGGUCAUUCGCUGCCAGGCCAACAGCACCUGGAAUUACCCAGAUCCACGCCCAGUCUGUGAGAUCAUCUCCUGCGGGGACCUUGGGACCCCACCAAAUGGCAACAAGAUUGGAACACUGACUGUGUAUGGAGCCACGGCCAUUUUCUCCUGUAACACAGGAUAUACAUUAGUGGGCUCUCGUGUGCGAGAGUGUAUGUCAAAUGGGCUUUGGAGCGGAACACAGGUCCAGUGUCUGGCUGGCCAUUGUGGCACUCCUGAGCCCAUAGUGAAUGGACAGAUCAUCGGGGAGAACUAUAACUAUCGAGGUAGUGUUGUGUACCAGUGUAACCCAGGAUUCCGUCUCAUUGGGGUGUCAGUGCGAAUCUGUGAACAGGAUCACCGCUGGUCAGGACGUACUCCUGUCUGUGUUCCCAUCACAUGUGGUCACCCUGGCAACCCUACCUUCGGUAUGACCCAGGGAACCCAGUUCAACUUAAAUGAUGUUGUGCGCUUUGUCUGCAAUACUGGAUAUGUUCUACAGGGGGCUGUAAAAUCCGCCUGCCAGGCCAACGGGCAGUGGAGUAACGCUCUCCCAAGGUGUAAAAUUGUGAAUUGCACAGAGCCAGGCCAUGUAGAGAACAGCAUUAAGCAGGUGCUUCCCAGCGGGCCACAUCGCUACAGCUUCCAGACCACCGUGUCGUACCGCUGUAACCCCGGCUACUACCUGUUGGGCACCAGCUCCAUCUCCUGUCAGGGGGACGGUACCUGGGACCGCUCCCUGCCCAAGUGCCUGUUGGUGCUGUGUGACCGCCCCAGCAUGCCACCGUAUGCCCAGAUCUCAGGCGACCGUCGGACAGUAGGCUCAGUCAUCCGCUACAGCUGCAUCGGCCAGCGUACCAUCAUCGGCAACACGACGCGCAUGUGCCAGCUGGAUGGCCAGUGGAGCGGCUCACCACCACACUGCUCUGGAGAAUCUGCUGGGCUGUGCGGAGACCCAGGUGUUCCUGUGCACGGUAUCCGUCUGGGGGAAGAGUUUACAGUGGGCAGUGUUGUUCGCUUCAGCUGUGAGCCUGGCUACAUGCUGAAAGGUUCACCAGAGAGAACCUGCCUGGCCAAUGGGACCUGGCUUGGUACUCAACCUGAGUGUCAUGUGAUUUCCUGUGGAAACCCGGGAACUCCGAGGAAUUCCCAGAUCCUGAUCCACGAUGGCCUAACGUUUUCCAGAUCCAUUACUUAUGCUUGCAGGGAGGGUUACUACUCUACUGGCCUGCUCACCCGACACUGUACUGUAAACGGGACCUGGACCGGCAACAUGCCCGAGUGCUCCGUAAUCAAUUGUGGUGACCCUGGAGUGCCAGCCAAUGGGGUCAGGUUGGGGAGUGAUUUCACCUACAACCACACCGUCAGUUUCCAGUGUUCUCCUGGUUUCACCAUGGAUGCUGACCGGGCCUCCACUCUCAUCUGCACCAAGGAUCGCACUUGGAAUGGCACCAAACCUCUCUGUAAAGCGAUUGUCUGUGGUCCACCACCCACCAUCCCUAAUGGACAGGUUGUUGGUACAGACUUUACCUGGGGCUCCAGCAUCAGCUACUCAUGCAACCAAGGUUACCAGCUGUCCUUGCCCACUGUGUUAACAUGCCAGGGCAGCGGCAACUGGAGUGGCGAGAAACCGCAGUGCUUCCCUGUGUUCUGUGGUGACCCAGGGAUGCCGGCCCAGGGGAAGAGGGAGGACAGAGGUUUUACCUACCUUUCUUCCGUCUCCUUCUCCUGCUACACUCCCCUCGUCCUGGUGGGCUCUACCAGGAGAUACUGCCAAUAUGAUGGCACCUGGAGUGGCACGCAACCCUCUUGUAUAGAUCCUACUCACACUACCUGUGGAGACCCAGGCAUUCCUCUCUUUGGAAAUCAGAACAACAGUCAAGGCUAUCAGAUCAGCAGCACUGUGUUCUUCAGCUGUAGAAAGGGCUACUUGCUGCAGGGCUCCAUUUCUCGCACUUGUCUGCCCAACCUCACUUGGAGUGGUUUUCAACCUGAGUGCAUAGCUCACCACUGCAGCCAGCCGGAGUUGCCAGCCCAGUCUGAUGUGAGAGCUAUUGAACUGCCAUCCCUUGGCUACACGCUGAUCUAUACAUGUCAGCCCGGUUUCUACUUGGCUGGUGGAUCAGAGCACAGGACCUGCAGGUCCGAUGGGAGCUGGACUGGGAAACCACCUUACUGUGCAGCUGAUAAUCGCCCGAGUGUUAGGAACCCAGUGGGGACAGUGCAGGAACCACCAUCCAAAUUACCAGUUCCUGGUGGUGUAUUUGCUAAGAACUCCCUCUGGAGGGGUUCCUAUGAGUACCUGGGGAAGAAGCAGCCGGCUAUGCUCAGCAUCACUGCCUUUGAGCCCUUUAGCAACCGGGUCAACGGGACACUCAUCGACCACAGUGGAGUGGAACUCAAACUCGCUGGUACAUAUAAAAGGGAGGAAGCCCAGCUGCUGCUACAGGUCCACCAGAUCAGAGGCCCUGUGGAGAUCUUUGUCAACAAGUUCAAAAUAGACAACUGGGCUUUAGACGGACAUGUGUCCUACAUCUCUUCAUCCAACUCCUUUGUGUACCAGGGAUUUGUUAGAGGAAAAGGCUUUGGACAAUUUGGUCUCCAGAGACUGGAGAGCUUAGAUCCCGGCAGAGACAACCCAGGCUACUUUCCCCCUAAUAGCAGUUCAGUGGCGGCAGCCAUCCUAGUGCCUUUUAUAGCCAUGAUCAUUGCAGGCUUUGCUCUGUACCUCUACAAACAUAGAAGAAGACCCAAAGUCCCCUUCAAUGGUUACGUGGGCCAUGAGAACACUAAUGGACGAGCUACGUUCGAGAACCCAAUGUAUGACCGCAACAUUCAACCCACCGACAUCAUGGCCAACGAGACAGAGUUCACAGUCAGCACAGUGUGCACAGCUGUAUAGCAACUGCUUCCUCCAGAGUUAGGGGAGGAGAAGUGCACCACAUCUUCGCCUGCCUGCCAACAGAGGACAUCUAUAGAUCCUUGAGCAGAGGGCAAGACAAAGAUUAUUUUAUUUGCUGAAAUACAUUCAAGAAAUAUCUCCAGUGGCAAAAGCUCUUACCUGCAGGAGACAAGAAAAAAAAAAAAAAAAAAAGAAACCAUGUGAAGACAAUGACUGUAACCAAUGCCAACAACAAAAAUGCUUUUUGUGACUUUACAUGGUUUCUUUAUCAUUUUCCACAUUUUGAGGAAAAGCUUCCACCUGAAACUGCAGCCGGCAGGAGUAACACUGGAAGCAAAGCUGUGAUGACUUUUCUCACCGCCCUCCGCCUAAACCCAAAGGGAAUUUUAUGGUCAACUUUAAGUCAAAAUAUUGACCUGUAGCUAACAGAGAUCUCUGUGCAAGUGAACUGUAUGGUGGACAGCGCCGCGUUGGCCUGUGUGAGUCAGAGAGAGAGACAGUCUGGGCUGUUUCGAUUCAUUCUUCUCUCUGGUUUCCAUUUGCUUUUUUUUUUUCUUCCUUUUUUUUUUAUAACGCUGCUUGCUUUUUGUCAUGAGUAAUUGGGAACCUUGUUAUUCUCCAAACGUCUACUCCUGAGGACACAAGUCUCUGGCUGAAGAUGAAUUAAAAAUUCAGUGAGUUUUGAAGGCUAUGUUGGAGACACAUAUCCUGUCACUAUUUUUUAAGUUUGACUCAUCUUUUUUUUUUUUUUUUUCUUUUUGGAAGCAGGGAUGAAGUUCUGCUUGCUGAGGCAGCUGUGUCCAGAGCAGGGGUUAAAGCGUAGCGAGGGCUGCUGAAAUAAAGCACUUAGUGAGGUUGAGUGUAUAUGUGAGUGGGAGAGAGAGAGAGUGUGUGCAUGUGUGUGUAUAAUUCUGCACACAUUUGUGGUAGCAGCAUCUGCAAUGACUCCAAAUAUCUCCUGUCUGUUUUAGCCCCCCAAAGAUUCAACCAGGAUCAUUUGUUUAAAUCCCUCCAUAUUGUUUCAUUUUAUGUCUGAUGUCUCGAUGCUCUGGACACCAAUAAAUUAAAUUCAUGUCUACCUACAGUAGAACAAGUACUGUGAAAACUAAACCAGGAGGCAGUAUAAGUUUUUAGUUCCAACUUUCAUCUUUUCUUCGUUUGUAGUGAUUCAUGUGCAAUCACUUCACAUUUUUGUGUCUGGAAGAUACUGACAAGAAAGUGUGGAUAGACAAAUCCACCUCUCUUAACAGAUACACUUAUAUCAAAAUGUAUAACAGGAGUAAAUAAUCUCAUUUGCUUCACACAAGCAUUUGGUCACGACUUUCCUGCUACUUUCACUCUGAGGCACUUGAGGAGAAAAAAAGACGUUGGCCGGGUCCAUAAAUGGAUGGUAACAUUGAUGUUUCCAUGGAUAUACAAUCACCUUGGGACCACAUCUCUCUCUUUUUCCUUCUAUUUCUAAAAAUCCGAACAAAGCCGCAGCACCAGGUUACAGAGCGACAAGUAGCACAUUCUCUUUGGAAAGACUGCAAGUCUGAUGUCAAAUUUCUCCACUUUCCACAUUCUUUUUAACCCUGGAUUUACCUUCACGUUUCAACGGCUUGAAGGUGGUAUACUGUAUUUUUCGCUGUUAUCAAGAUGCAUAGGAGCUCCCUAAACCUGGCUUUAGGAAAACAAGAUCAAAGUGUGGUCAUGUUCUAACACCCUUGAAAUGUUCAACUGAAAGCGCUUGAGUCUGAAGAAUGGAUAAGUCAAUGAUUCAUUCCCACUGAAUUACAUUCAGGUCUUUCCUUCAAGUUUACUUCUGACAGCUCCAUCCCUUUGAAAAAGAGUAGUGUUGCUUUGUUUUGUCCUCGCUCAUCAUGAAAAUGUAGAAAAUGCAGAAAGCUUCCUCAGAGCUGUGACAGCAAGGGAGUCGCUGGUAUAGUGAUUACUCCCAUGCAUUAAAUUGGAAAUGAUAAGUAUGGUAAAAAGUGUUUAUGCGUCAAAUGCUACAACUCCUCAAACAUGUGGCAGCCGAGGAGUGAUGUACAGAAAAUAUUGUUUUCAAAGUGCGACACAGGAGGGAACCGCCAUCAAAUUGACACUCAGACGUAACAGCAGGACUCUACCUUAUCUGGUGAAUGACAUGCCUAUGAGAAGAGAAGAUUCAAAACAUCCAUGCUUUUGUGACCCUUUUCAUGUGUGUGUAAAAAUGUGUCGGAGCAGAGGAGCCGAAGAACCUACUGUAUUUCAAACACCCUGCUCCCAGCUAUUUACUACUUACUAUGCCCAUACCUGUGUAACCUGUGGAUGCUGAGUGGGGUGAAUAGUGCUCCAAUUUCACCGCAGCAAAUUGAGCCAUUACGCGCAAUUUGCUUUAAUUUAGUCUUGCUUCAUUGUCGAACCCAUAUCAAAUUGUGAAUCCAUCAUAACAUUAUCACCAAUUAUGUAAUGUUUGACUCCAAAAAAACAGUCAAAAACAUCCUCACUCCUUUGAUUCAAUAUGUACGCAUCCUUUUUCUUUUUAGUGUUAAUAUUGCUGGAAAUUUGGAGGAAAAUUUGACUUGCCUGGAUUUGUUUUGGUACAUUAGUGCAUAUAUAUAUAUAUAUAUAUAUAUACAUAUAUAAUAUUCAGAUGGGUGUGGCUUUCACAGUCAAAAUCAACCUCCAUGCCAACAGGUUUUUCUAAUAAGGCCUUUACAAUCAACUAUGGUACAUAAUUUCCUUCAGAAAUCCAGGCCUUUGAAACCAAUCACUGUAUUGUUCCUUCAGUCAGUUUCGCUGUGGGUUGGUAAUUGCUUUUACAAUUUUAUUACUUUUAAAGCUCUCACUUAUCUCGACAGUACAGAUAGAAUAUUGCCCCUUGCCUGCUCUUGUCGUAAAUUCAUGGAACAGGAAACAAUUGAAUUACCCUGGAGAUUUCAUGGGGAGAGGAGCAGUUACACUCGCAUUAUCUUGAAGGCAUUGGUACUCAGUUCUCAUAGUUUUAUGCGGCUGUUGCAUUGUGCAUUUCAUUUAUUUUCAUUCUGAAAUUGCUCCAAAUAUUUCAGCAGAGUGGAUAGCUUCAUUACUUUCCAGUUAGUUUCUGUUAAGGCCCCUUUUGGUCUUUUCUCGUCCAUUCACUCCUCCCAUGGCAGCAUUUAACACACAUUACACAAAACUUUAUUAAGCUGCAUUGAGUGUAAAAAAAAAAACAAAUGUGAUUAGCUGGUGCAAUAGGAUAUGAUGCCCCCACUCCCUAGAUGGAACUGAUUCUAUUUGAAUAGAUUUAGACUGUAGAUUUGGACAAACAUAAUACAUGAGCAUAAGCUCACACUAUGAUUGUUUUUACCAACAAGGGCUCAGUCUUAGGGAAUUCAGCAGUGGUUUUAAAGGGCCAGGCUCAUAUUUUCUCCAUGUUUUUGUACCUCCUCCAGUCUCCAAUAAGCACUUUAUGUUCAUUAUAGUGCCUUGGUACAACCCCAUGAUACUAAUAUGAUGAACCUCAGCUCAAGUGGCUGUAGUUUUGUGUUCAGGAAUUCUGAACACCAUAAUUUAUUUACUAAGAUUAGUGGAUUUUAAUAUUAUUAUGUCAGAUAUUUGAAAUUAGAGCUCUUUUUUCUUGUUUGUCCAGUCCUUGUUAUCAUAGUUUGUUAGGAUGUUGCUGCAACCAUCAGUUGUUUUUUUUUGCUUUCAAAUGAGCAAUGUGCUCAUUAGUACUGUAUUUUGAUGUGCAAAGAGUAACAUCUUGCAAUUAAUGUGCUUGCCUGUGUGACUGUUUUUAUUAUGCAUGUUUCUAAAAGUUUAAAAACUUCCCUUUUCAACCAAAGAAAAUAAUCCAAAUUCAACCAAAUUAGAACUAGGCAAAAUUACAAAAUUAAGAUUAACUGUUCAAUCACUUCUUGGUGUUGCCUCAUUUAGUUUCACCAGUAAGAAUUUUUUUCUUAAUGUGGACAUUCUCAAGUUCUCAAUCUCAUUUCAUGCUGGUUAUUUUGCAGGAAUGGGAGUUUCCACCUAAUGGGCGCUACAUCUAUAGAAAUAUUUUCUUUUUAACCCAUCUGGGUUAGUCCAGAAAGUUCUCAAAGUGCAGCACAGUUAUAUGAAAACGAAGAUCAGUGGGUUUUGGAUGGAGCCGUGUUAUAAGAGUUAGAAGAGUCUUUCUUGAUAGCAGCUGGCUACUUCCUGGUUCUCUUUGCAUAUUUUAAGACAGAAACUCUGUUCAUCCAAGGUUCAUUUUCGUUAUCAGCCAGACGCAGCUCUGAGUUCUCUCCUCCUCACCAUCUCUUCUAUAAUGAAACAGACCACAGCUAUGGUCUUUGAGUUCCCAUCAAGUUCACUGAAUUCUCUCACAGUCAGGGACUAGACCAAAAGCUUUCCUAUUUCCUUCUGCAGCUAGAGCUCUCACUUUUUCAGUACUGGCCACAUUGUACAGCUGUUGAAAAACCAAGCAAUCCAUCAGUCAUGCUAUGUGACAUAUUCUGCAUCCACUACUAUAUAUAUUUGUAAUCUUCCAUCUUUCACCGUCACCACAUAUAGACGGCUGCGAUAAAGCCACACUUACUGCUGUGUUUUUCAGGCCCAUUUCAUGCAAUUUGCCUUCACUAUUCAGCCCAUUUCAGUGCGUCUAAUGGGCUCAAACAUGGGGGAAAGGGAGAGGAGAUGUAUUUUGAAAAGCUUUUAUUCUACAAAUGGAGAUACGAAAGGACUGGUGGUUCCACAAGUUGUCAUCAGAUCACUGGAGUUAUUGCUGAAAAACUACUGAUUGUAUUUCAUUGUGCAUCAGAAUUUAUCUAUACUGUGUUCAAUAUCUGUAAUCCCACAACUGCUCCUCUGUUUGUGUGCAGUUAUAGUAAAAAAAAAAUAUCUGUGUUGCCAGUAUCCUUGGAAUAAAAAGAGAAUGUCCAAUUUAUCUAGAGUAUAAUAUAGCAAAAUAUUUACAGAGAGCUGCUUUACCAGAGAUUACAAGAUUACCAGAGACAUUCCUGUAUGUUCAUCAUGGCAACAAAGUUAUUACAAGGUCCCGUGUUUUUCCUUCUUUUUUUUUUUUUUCUUUUACAUUAUUUCAUGGCAUUCCAGAAGAUCUCACAUCUAGGCUCUAAAUGAGACUUAAACUCAUGACAACCCAUAGCACCUGAGCGAGAUCAACAUGGCCCUUGAACGCCUCAACAAGACAACAAAACAGUAAAAGGCAAAGAUUCAAUGUCAAUGUCUUGCUGUACACCAAAAGGGUUACCUGUAAAGAGAUGGACAAACGUGGACUCAAGCAGACUGUGUAACUACAGAGAGCAAACUGGGAAAGUGUCUCUAAGAAAAGAGAAUAUGUUAACGAAUAAAAAACUUUUUUUUGUACAGAGAUAUAUUUUUAUGAAAAUACAUUUGUAAUAUAAAAAGAAAAAAUGGAUUGACAUAUAUGUAAAUGUUUUUCUUUUUCAUUAUUGUAGUACAAAUGCUAGUGGGGAGUAUAUGAAAAAUCUAUAUAUAUAAAUAAAUAUAUAUAUAAAUAUAUACAAAGAAAAAUAGAAACAAGGCUUUUUGUAUAUGUAAAAAAGAUUGUACAUAAAAGUUUACAUACAUACUGUACAUAUGUAAGACCCACCAUGGCUUGUCUGCAAUAUAUAAAAUGUAUUUUAUCCGUCUGUAUAUGAUGCUUUGCAUUGUGUCUAAGCUUAUUCUACUUUCUUGAACUUGAAACUUAUUUUGAAGGUUUUGGAAUAAAAUAUAAAACCUACUUUCCAUCGGGGUAUUCAUUGAAUGCAUGCCUUUAUUGCUUCAAGCUCACAAUCCAUUAGCUAAUCGUGCUUGAUUAGCCUCUGAUGGUAAUAAGCCAGUGUUCCUGGUGCGGUAUCUCAAAUCUGGGCCAAGAUGUCUGCUUCCACCCAUUAAUUUGAAGUUUAACAUUUCUUCAUACUGUACAGUAUACAAGCAUACCUUUUUUG